GCCUCAGUUAUCGUCUGGGACAUUGGCGUUCCUUCAGUGCCCGAUUACAAGACGCGUUACCAGCUGCUGAUGCGUCUUCGUUGCCCUCGACUUGAUGUUAACCCGGUGCUCAAUCUUGUGUUUCUGCCGCAUUACGCUUAUUUAAUAGCGGGGUGCGAAGAUGGUCUAUUCGCAUGGAAGAUAACUGAUCUCAGACUUGAGAAACGAGAGCGUGAACCGGACAUGGAGCUGAAGCUUGACGUUGAUCACGAGGUCUGCAUCGAUGGCCUAGCACAAGUCAGUGACAACGCACUCGCGCUCAAAGUGGUAGAGGCCGGCGAAAUAAUGAUUUUUGAUUUUGCCUCAAUUCUCGAGCGACGAAAAGUACGCAAGCAACAGAAUAGCCAUAGACUUGUUGAUAUUAGCUCAAUGUAUGGACUAGUUCAUCAUUUGAUAUCUACCAGUCGACAUCUUCUUUUGUCCCAAGCCACUAGUGCCUUGCUAUCCAUCGAGUCCUCAAAUGGCGAAAAAUCUAUUCUUAUCAUAUUUUACGAUAAUUUCACCAGUUGGUCUGCAUUAGUUUGUCUUUCCAUUAUCUGCGUUGCUCUGUUUAUCAAAGUAAUUUUGCUAAAACUGAUUGGUAAAGUACAACUCUAA